AUGAGGAGGAAAGAUUCAAUUCGAACUUACAUCUCAUGCUUGGAAAAUUCGGAGAAAUCAUUAUUAAUUAAAGAAUCCAUUCAAAUUCCGGAUUGUAACUCCAAAGCAUUAUUUGAUUAUCCGAAAUACUUGCAAAUCUUUAAAUGUAAUCAUUUUUCUCAAAUACUUGAAAAUUAUGUCAACACAAUUGAAACCCAAUUGGAUUUAGGAAAGGUUUAUAUGAUUAUAGCGAGCAUUAUAAUGGAUAUGAUAUUCAAAAGGUCGAAAGGAUUAAGAAUAUUUAAAUACGAACAUAAUCAUGCCCCAAGUCAAAAGAUCAUUUAUACCUUGGAUCAUUUAUUAUUCUCUUUUAACAAUACUUUAAAUAGCGCGGGAGGGAACAGAAGUAUUGCCCCUUAUAUCCCCCUAAGUAAACUUACAAGUUUAACAUUCUUAGCAUAUAUUGUUAAUGAAGAAAACUAUGCUAAAAUAUGGUCAAAUUUUUUCAAUACGCUUGCGAAACUAGCGAUUAACAUUCAAGAGAUAAUCAUUAAUUUCCCUACACAUGAUGAAAAUGAUUCUUUUAAAGAAGUUUUCCCCGCAAUAUCAAACCUAAUCAAAUCGCAAAUCAGUUUAAAAAGCUUGGAAAUGAAUCGAAUUGACUGUUCAACGAUAGAUCAAGAAAUUAUUGACGCACUUACGACGACUCAAGCGAAUUCCCUGAGAAAUUUUAAAAUUAACGGAGAGAUCAAAUUUACUUCCUUAAUCCAAUUAUUAGAAAAUUGUAAAAAUUUGAAAUCGAUUAGCAUGCAUAAAUUGAGCAGAUGUGAAGAUAAAUCAAGAAAUGACGAGAAAUUGGUUAAUUUAUCGAUACCAUCACUUGAAAAGUUUUAUCAUUGGAAUCCCCUUUUACAAUUUCAAUAUCAGACGAAUAAUGCUGAUGAAGAGAUUAUUUUGAUCUUUAAGAUGGCUUCAAUGAGUUUAAAGAAAUUCGCUUGCAGUUUCUUCAACCGAGAUAUUUUUAGCGCGAUAAAUAAAUAUUGUGUCAAUAUAACUCAUUUAUGUUUAUUCAUUACAUCGGAUUCACUUGAAAGGACCGCCAGUGUAUUACCCUUUAUGAAUACUUUAUCUUAUUUAUAUUUAGAAUCCCCCAAAGUUGAUAUUAUCUUAUUUAGAUCCAACAUGUUACAAUUAUUGGGUUCUUCCAUACCCGAAACUUUAAAUCAUUUAUGUUUAAAUUUAUUUAUUUCUUUGAGAUUUUUAAGAGAUUUUUUGAUUUGUUGUAAUACUAAAUUAAGUACUUUGGAAUUAUAUGGUGUUGCAGACGCCACUUAUAAAUUCGCUGCUUAUAUAAGUGAUUAUUAUGACAGGAAUGAUCAGUUGAGAUUAUUGAAAUUGGACAGGAAUCUCUUUUUGAAAUUUAACUCGUUUCUUGGUCAUCUUCACCAGAAGAAAGUUGGUUAUGAAGUAGUUGAAAGUCGUAAACCAACUUUGUUUGAUGAAAAUUGA